GGCGGGCCGCUCAGGGUUAAAGGGGCGUCCGCAGGUCUCCGCAGCUCGGCAGCGGGGAGACAAAGCGCUCCUUCGCCGUCGCUCCCCAAGCGGUUCCGGGCCAUGGGAUGGACAGACGGUCGCGCCAGUCCCUCAGCCAGGCUCCCAGAAGUACCUGCUACACACUGGGCUCUCACAUCCAGGCAGAAAAACCCUCCCUUCCUGGAGCAGGCAUGAAUGAGCCAGAUGAAGAACUAGAGGUCCAGAGAGGCUGACUGUGCGCACCGAGGUGACCCAGCCUGGAGACUGAGCUGACGUGUAACUGAGUGAGCAGGGUCAGGUGGGCAUGACGGAUGUUUUGGGAGGGAUGCAUGAGUCACUUACGCAGAAACAGGCAUAGAGAGGGACAGCGGAUAUAAGAAGCCACACAGCACAAGAAGGCAGAGUGAGGAUUAAACACACCAGAGCCUUCAGGGGCUGAGGUCCCAGCCUCAUUGCUCCUUGGGGAUAAGCAGGUCUCAGCCUCCAGCUCGGCAGUAAGCUGUCCCUGACUGCAGUGUGGGUGGCAGGAGGCGGCAGGAAAAUAAGUAUUUGUUUGGCAGCCGCUUCUCCCUCCACCUAUCUGGUGGCACAGCCUGGCCCCACAGAGCCACCACCCAGGCCUCAUUCCUCCUGACUUCAGGCAGCGCCUGCCACCCAGGCAGAAGGGGUGGACAUUGGCUGAGUGCUUACUCAUUCCAGGCUCUUCACAUACUCUUGAAAAGUAUGGCCAUGACAGGGGCAGCAGGGCGCAGGACCUCCUCCAAGAUGCCACACUGGGCACCAGUGUGCCACCGCCCGCUAGGUCCUCCUGCCCACUGCUGCCCCCCUAUGUUAGAGUGCCCUGCCCCUCCCUGUCAGUCUGGGCCGGGCUCCUGUUUUACCUAGAGUGUUUGCUGACAGCUGCUCCAGCACGCUGGGUGAGUUUUCCUCCACCCCCUCGGGUCCCCAUUCCUCAUAGCAGUAGGGUUUCAGCACAGGGCUUUUGUGUUCACUCUUCCCCUACCUGCCAUGCUCUAUGGCUCACCUCUCACCAGGCUGAGUCACAGAGCUGGGACCUUAGGGACCUCCUGGGGCCAACAAAGGCUCUAGCCAACUUGUUUUGUGACCUUGGCUGUGUGGUUGUUUCCUCAGUGUGCCUCUGUUUCCCCAACUGAGGCAUGGUCACUAGCCUGGGUCACCCAAGGUCAUUGCCUGCUGGAGCUAACUUGCGUGGUGUUGAGAGAGCUCAGAAUGCUUAAUGUUCUUUCCUGAAUUAGGGGCAGCAGAAGGGCUCCGAGUGGCCACGUGAGACUUGGGUUCGAGUCUUGUCUCCCCGUGCUCACUGGGGCUGGUGUGGGUGUGGUGGAAGGUGGCCACUGGUGGUCCAGGAGUUGGUGAUCUUAGGAGUAACAUCAGCUCUGGUGCAGGGGACAAGGGCAGGCCUUGCGGCCAUGAAGCUGAACGAGCGCAGCCUGGCCUUCUAUGCAACCUGCGAUGCUCCAGUGGACAAUGCUGGCUUCCUCCACAAGCGUGGUGGACGCGGGGCGGGCUCGCACCGGCGCUGGUUCGUGCUUCGUGGCAACAUGCUCUUCUACUUCGAGGCAGAGGCCAGCCGCGAGCCGCUGGGUGUCAUCCUGCUGGAGGGGUGCACGGUGGAGCUGGUGGAUGUCCGGGAGGAGUUUGCCUUCGCCGUGCACUUUGCCGGCGGUCGCUCUCGGCCCUACGUGCUGGCAGCUGAUAGCCAGGCGGCCCUGGAGGGCUGGGUGAAGGCGCUGUCACGAGCCAGCUUCCACUACCUGCGCUUGGUGGUGCGUGAGUUGGAGCAGCAGCUGGCAGCCAUGCGGGAGGGAAGCCCUGCCAAUGCCUUGCCGGCCAGCCCAAGCCCAAUCUCGAACCCGCGACCCAAGGAGAAUGGCCGGGCAGUAUGGAGUGCGCUGCCUGAGCAACCCACUGCAGCCCCCCAGCGCCCACCGCUACCGCCCCGUCGCAGGGCCUCUGCUUGCAAUGGGCCCUUGGUAUCAUUUGCUCAGCUACAUGAGCAGUAUGGACUGGAGGUGCGGGCCCUCAGGAGCCAGUGGCGUGGAGGCCACACUGGCCUAGCUGGCCUGAGGGUCUCCUGGCAUCCUUCUGAGUCUAGUGGGACUCAUACCCAAGACCAGCCUUAAGGGGCCUACUGGCUGUGAGGGAAGCCUGAGUCAAGCCAGGCUUCCAGGGGACAAAGGACAUGUGACCCAGAAGACCUGACCUCUGGGCUCAGUGGCAGUUACUGCCAAGAAGAACCUGGGGCCUGAACAUUCUACAAGAACUCAAGGAAUUGGUUGCUAGAGAGCCCUGCCCCAGGACAGCCCUGGAGUAGGCCACAGGCUCAUGGGGCCCAAGGUCCACCUAGUACCGGUCCUCACAAGGGUCAGGAAGCCUGGGCCCAGAGGCUGCUGCCUGGGCUGCUCAUUUGGGUCUGAAGCAGCAGGUAGAAGGUGGAGUUAAACUGGAUAAAUCCCCAAGGCCCUGGCCUGGAACCAGCUAAGGCAGGACUUUGCCCGGCCUUGGCAGGCAGGGCCUCUUAGAACCAAGUAACCUCCAGUCCUGGGCUGUGGCCUAGCUUCCUCCCAGGCUCACCUCUGCCUGAUUCCAGACAACCAGUGGGCCUCCCUGCUGGGUCCCUUCUCAGUGCUGGCUCUCUUCCAGAGUGUUGGGCGGGACAACCUGCCCCACCUGGGUCUUGUUUACAGUCCUCCUCAGUGCCCUGCCCUGGGGACUGGAGGACACUCACUCCAGUCUCUGCGUCAGGUGGACAGAUUUCACCCUGGCCCCACUCCUGUCCCGGGAGGCUCUGGGUUGGGGUUCUGUAGGUGAUUCUGCCACCAGAGCCUCUUGGCUGCCUGCUGGUUCAGGCGCCAGGGCUUGGCUGUGGGUUUCACUUUGAAGUUUAUAAGGUAUUGCAUUUGUCUUUCUUCCAGCAGUGAAGUUUAGUAUCCGCACCCCCUCUCCCGUUACUGUUGACUGGUGGGAAGGGGUGGCAUUGUCCCCAGGGAGUCCAGCCCUACCAGGAGACACACUGACACCUAGCUGUCACUGAGCUCUGCUGUCUGCACAGGUGCCUCUGGGGACUUGGUCCCUAUCUUUUUAACUCUCCCACUGGGUGGGGCUCAGGUCUCCCUGGUGUGACCCAGCUGGCGGGCUAAGGCAUAGACUCUAGUCUGGGAUGGGUUUACAAACUCUAAAGGUACAGCGCAGGAGGUAGGGGAGGGGAGAGGUGCCCUUUUUCCCCAAAGCACAAAGAUGGUCCAGCUGACUCUAGGGCUAAGAGAUGUCUGCCAUGGACAGGGUAUGAAGGCUAAAAUAAAAGCUGGUCAAGGAA